AUGUUCACCCCCAACAGCCCACCGCCGAAACCCACCCCGCCAGCCCCCCCCCAAAACAUACAAUCCUCUCUCGCCCACGCGUUCUCCAAGUUCCCCAAAGCCCCCAAAGCCCCACCCCGCCGCUACCACGCCCGAGCCACAACCACCACCACAACCUCCUCCCACGGCCCUUCCCUCACCACCGUCCUGCAGAAGACCGCCGCCGCCACAAACGUCGUCCGCCCCAAGCCGCGGGAACGGGUCAUCAAGGCCUUCGAAUGCGCCUCCUCCUUCGACGACAACCCACCCCCCACCCACACCACCGCCGCUAACACAUCCCCCAAGAUCAAGUCCCAGCUGACAGCACUCCACGAGGCCGUCUUCUUCGACGAGGGCGACUUUGACGACGACCAGGACCUCAACUUUGACGACACCAUCGUCCUCGAGGAAGUCGAGGUGGAGACCCCCGCCGUGCACUCCGCCUCGCCGGCAAGCUUCCGUGAGACCCCCGCCGUGCACUCCGACUCGCCGGCAAGCUUCCGUGAGACCCCCGCCGCGUACUCCGCCUCGCCGGCAAGCUUCCGUGUGCCCACGCCGCCGCUGCCGAAGAGCUUCUUGCCGCCGAGUUUGCGGAGGAGGAGCCCCACGCCCGUCAAGAGGGAGUAUAGCAGCAUUGAUGAGGAGGAGGACGCGGUGAUAAAGAUUGAGUCGUCGCAGCCGAAGCCUGGCAGCUCGGCGCCGUUUCCGUGGUCUUCGUCGCCCGUGGAGCAAUUUGCUCCGUCGGUGCCGGUGCCGAUCCCGAUGCCGAGGCAGCCGGCGAGGGGGCAGGUGCCGGCGAGGCAGCAGAGGCAGCAGCAACCGCCGCCGCAGCCACAGCAGACGUCAAAGCAGAUGGAGGUGAUAGAUUUGAGGGAGGACGAUGAGCCGGUGGUGCCGAAGAAGAGGCGGUUGGUUCCAUGGGCAAAGGACGGGGAAGAGUCAGUUGCGGCGCCGCCGUCACAUACAGCUAGGACGAGAAGAACAAGGACCGAACGGGCCCCGGCGCCGCGAGAGAUGCCGAAACCGCCGUGGGAGAUGACGGCGAGCGACUUUAAGCGGGCGUCGCGGAAGAAUAUGGAGCAGCAGCGGAGAGGGCUGAGCACGCGGGCCGCAAAGGAGGAGGCGGUGCUGGGGGGGGGAGAGAAGAAGAAGAAAAAGCAAAAGAAGAUAACACUGAGUGACGAGCAGAACCACGUGCUGGACCUGGUGAUGGAGUCGGGGAAGAGUGUGUUUUUUACUGGAUCUGCUGGUACCGGCAAAUCCGUGCUAAUGCGUGAAGUAAUCAACCACCUUAAGCGCAAAUACAAUGACAAGGAAUCCGAGAAAGUCGCCGUCACGGCCUCCACCGGCCUCGCCGCCUGCAACAUCGGCGGCGUCACACUCCACUCCUUCGCCGGCAUCGGGCUCGGCAAGGAGCCCGUGGCCGACCUCGUCAAGAAGAUCAAGCGCAACGUCAAAGCCAAGAUGCGCUGGCUGCGCACCAAGGUGCUCGUCAUCGACGAGAUCUCCAUGGUGGACGGCGAGCUGUUCGACAAGCUCGAGGCCAUCGCAAGGACAAUCAGGAACAAUGGUAGGGCGUUUGGGGGCAUCCAGUUGGUGGUUACGGGCGACUUUUUCCAGCUCCCGCCGGUGCCGGAUUAUGGGAAGGUUGCGAAGUUUGCGUUUGACGCCAAUACGUGGACUACGGCGAUUGAGCACACCAUUGGCCUGACCCAAGUCUUUAGGCAACGUGAUCCUGAGUUCGCCGCCAUCCUGAACGAAAUGCGCCUGGGCAAGCUUUCCGACGCCUCGAUCGCAGUCUUCCGCCGUCUCUCCCGCCCCCUCAAAUACGACGACGGCAUCCAAGCCACCGAGCUCUUCCCCACGCGGCAGGAAGUCGACGCCGCAAACAACAGCAAGAUGCGCCUGCUCUCAGGCACCGAGCGGAAAUUCACCGCCAUCGACACCGGCAGCAUCACGGACAUCGAGCACCGCACCAAGCUGCUCUCCACCUGCAUGGCCCCGCAGGUCAUCUGCCUGAAAGAGAACUCGCAGGUCAUGCUCAUCAAGAACAUCGACGACUCGCUCGUCAACGGCUCGCUCGGCCGCGUCGUCGGCUUCAUGUCCGAAAAGACAUUCGACAUGGCGCACGACGACCCGGACUCGCUCACGCUCGAGAACCCCGCGCGCGACCAGCCCCUCUCGACCAACACCACCGCCGACACCUGGCCGCUCGUCGAGUUCGCGCUCCCCGACGGCACGUCCCGGCAGCUCCUCGUGCAGCCCGAGGUCUGGAAGGUCGAGCUGCCGUCGGGCGAGGUGCAGGCGAGCCGCACGCAGGUCCCGCUUAUCCUCGCGUGGGCGCUGUCGAUCCAUAAGGCGCAGGGCCAGACGCUGGAGCGCGUCAAGGUGGAUCUGGGGAGGGUGUUUGAGAAGGGGCAGGCGUAUGUGGCGCUGUCGCGCGCGACAUGUCAGGAGGGGUUGGAGGUGCUGAGGUUCGAUGCGCGGAAGGUGAUGGCGCAUGAGAAGGUGAGGGAGUUUUAUAAGAGUUUGUAUUCGGCGGUGGAGGCGAAGACGAGGAGGAGGUCUGUGGAUGAGGAUGCGGAGGAGGCGAUGAAUGAGGCGGCGUGGAUGGGGGGGUAG